UCCACGCUCAGGUGGCACCACUAAGCGGCGUCUGAUGGUGUGCGAUGUGUGUGUUCGGCAUGCCGAUUGGCUUAGACUUUCUUCAUCUCUACAACACGACGGAAAUCACCUUCGUACUGUUCAACUUGACUCUCGUAGUGAAGAAGAAAACUUUGUGGUGUGUUUUUCGUGAAUUAAUAUCAGCGGAAAAUUAUUCUGAAUAAUCAUGUCUGAUAAGCCGAAGCGUCCACUAUCAGCUUACAUGCUGUGGCUGAAUGAGAACCGUGAGGCCAUCAAGAAGGAGAAUCCCGGAAUUAAGGUGACUGAGAUCGCUAAGAAGGGUGGUGAGCUAUGGCGUAACAUGAAGGACAAGAGCGAGUGGGAGGCUAAGGCUGCCCGACAGAAGGAUGAGUACACAAAGCUCAUUAAGGAAUAUGAGGCCAAUGGUGGAUCAACUGAGUCUGCUGGCAAAAAACGCGCCAAAAGCUCAAAGAAGCCAGCCAAGAAGAGCAAAAAGAAGGAGUCUGAGGAUGAGGAUUCCGGAGAUGACGAGAGCGAUUAAACUGACACCAUUAUCUCCCCUACAUACAUUUUGGAUCAAUCUAUUUUAAUAUUUAUUGACUCGGAGGCUUCUCGUUUUAUCUUUUACUUUUUUUUUUAUUCGUCACCUUUGAUUUAGAAAAAAAGGUAAAGAUAUCGGGUCUUUAAAAUUGUCCAUAUUUUUUUUUGUAUUAAAAGAAUUUAAUCUAUAAAAAUCACUUUAGGAAAAAUGGAAUAGAUUGAAAAUAAAAAAAAGAAAUAAGCAAAUUGCUGCCAAAUUUUUUAUAACAAAAGUGUAACAAACGUUAGAUACUGCAUUCAGAGAGAAGCCUCAAUUUAAAAACAUAAAAGAUAAUUUUUUUUUUAGGAUAAUCCCCCCUUUUAUAGUAAUGUAAUUCUUUUCGGAAAGAUUCACGAUCAACAAAUUUAUGGAUAAUCCCCUUUUUAAAUUCUUUUAGAAAAGUCAAAAUAAAAAAAAAAUUCAGACUGACUCAUGUUCAAGUACAGAGUACAGAUUAAAAAAAAAUAAUUAAAAAAGGAUAUGAAAUAGAAGAAAAGGUAAUCUAUUAAUUUGUUGCAUCGAUCUUGAAAAUUCUAGUAAGAAGUACGUGUUCAUUCAAAAAAUACAUUGAUACAAAAAAAAGAUACAUUAAAAAAAACAGUAAGAUCCUACCUCUCUUUCGAGAAAAAAAAAGAUAAAUGAGAAUAAAAUAAAUGUGUAAAGCGUAAUUUAUGUUUUGUCACAAUUUCUCAUCCCUUAGUUUAAAAUUAAAUAAAAUAUAAAAUAAAAAAAAACAGGACUUUUUUCAGAUACUUGUGUAAAACGAAAGGUCAGGUAAUUUAUCUGUACCUGGUAUUUAGACUUUAGGAUAAUUUUGUGUUUUUCUCUGUAUUUUGUAUAAUUUCAUAAAAAAAAUAGUCGUUUAGUUUUUCAUUUUCUGCAAUAAAAUGAUCAUUCCCUCAAAACUUGGUGUUCCCUCAUCACACAAUAUUAACUCAUGUAAGUGAGAACAAGAAAUAGAACGGCACAGAUUUUUCUUUGUAUGAAAUUGAAUUAAAUAAAUGGAGAUUUAUUACAAAUAUAAA